AUGUGGUCUAAUGAUGCUUUUGGCAACGCACCAUCUGCUUCGAUCUGCGAAAAGGUCAUAAAAUAUAUAGAGUAUCUUAAAAACCCAACAUCUUCAGAUACAAAUCCUGUCUAUACACAGCCAAAUACGACAUUUAAAUUUGAUAACGAAACAUCCUUCGAAAAUGAUCUUGAAAAGAUAAUCAAUGGUAAAGAAAUGAUAAAUACAGGAUGGGUUCAAGAAUUACAAAGCUUUUGGGUCUCAACUUUUAAAAAAUUAUAUAUCUUUCACUAUAAAUUAUCUCCUUGCUUCAGCGCUGAAGUUGAAAGACCAGUUGUAGCUGUAUCCUUCAUUUCUGGGCUUUUUGUUGCACUUCAUGAAAAUUCAAUUUCAUUAUUUACAGAAGAACUUCAUCCAAUUCAAUCUACUUAUACAAUCCCUAAAGGAGUAUCUAUUACCUCAUCAUAUGGUAAGAUUAUUGGAUGCUCUGAUGGUUAUAUUCGUGAAAUUAUUUUAAAUCCAAGCAAAAACCACGUAACAAUCAAACAAUCAGCGGGAAAUUCAAUCGAUGAAAUCAAAAAGAUCAUAGAAACACGCAAUUAUUACGUUACUUUAUCUAAAAAUAGUACAAUUUCAAUUUUCAACAGAGCCAACCUUAGCCGCAUCCAUUAUUUCAGACUGAAAAAUAUCAUAAACAUAUGGACGGUUUCAGAUGACAUCAUUUCUGCGUUUGAUAGAACAAUAAUUUUAUAUACAAUAAAUCUUCAGUCUCCGAAGCAUCCACAGGUCCAGCCAUCACACCAACUUCUUGCUUCAGCAUGUUCAACUCAAGCAAUCUGGUCUGGAGGCUUUCUUACCGUUGUAGAUCCAAAUUCUUCAUUUGACCAACUUACAACCGUCAGAUUCCAUCCAACUCCGUCUUACACGACAACCGCUCAAUUUGGCGUCAUCCAUUUGAUCGCUCCUCUUUCUUUUGGCGUUGUUGCGUUGACAUCAGCCGGAAUUAUCCAAAUUCGAGCUGUAAAUGACUUCACAAGACCGGAUGAGGAUAUCUGGGCCUUCCCUGUUGCUGUGGCUCCAAUGUGGAACGUUCCUAUUGGCCAAUGUUGCAAAUCUGAAGAAUUUGUCAGAACUUUGCAAGAAACCAAGUGCGAUGCAUCUAAAUACGUUCUUCAGAUAUUAGAUGAUGUUGCAUUGAUGGAAAAAACACAGUUCGCUUCAGAUUUCUUAGGAAAAUUAUUGAAUAUUUAUUUCUCUGAAGAAAGAGUUGUUUCAUACUCAAGAUUGCGCAAAGUAGCCUUCAGUGUUAGAUUGAGCAUGACAGAAAUCGAUAAAUCCUUCGCAAAGUCCCCGAUUUGCGAAUUGAUCUCAAAAGCAGAUUGCGGAGAUUCGACUUCUGAGCAUCUCGCGUUAUCAUCUAUCGAAGCUGCAUCAGAAUCUGGCUCUGUUCCUGCAGAAUUCCCAAUUCUUUCAGAUUUCUUAUACAGAUAUCGUCAUUUUGACCUUCUUAUCGACGCUCUGUGCAACUGGGCCAAUGUUUUAUACCCAGAUUCGCUUGCUAUUGAUUACGAAAAUGCCAAUUUCCCUCAAAAUUCCCCAGAUGAUACUGCAUCUUUCCAACUCCGCCUUCUUGUCCUCCGCCGCUUGAAUCCUCUUAUCAAUCUCGCAGUAAGAGAUGAAGAGGCAUUCGAAUCUGUUAUGCGCGCCGUUAAAAAACACGGAAUUACUUUUCAAUAUUACUUGGCCUCGUAUUUGAAUGUGGACAUGGAUGAAGAGUCCUGCGUCAAAUUCGAUUUCCAAGAACUUUCCGCCCAUUUGCAGCGCUUAAACAGCCUCUAUCUCCCUGCAUUGCUUAUUAAGAGAGGACAAAUACUCGAUGCUUACCUGGAAUUCAUCAGAUUGGCCAUAGAAGAUAUAGAGACAAUUUCUAUCGAUAAGAGGAUUGAAUUACUUGAUCGCGCAAUCAAGAUUUCACCUGAAGGAUCAGAUAAUUUAAAGGCAAAGCAAUAUCUUCUUGCCGCAGAGAUCCUCCACGAAUACAUAACAAACAAUUCUUCAUUAAAGAGGAACUUCUUCGCAGAAGAACCCAAAAAAUUGAUACAAACUCUAAAAGAUUACGGAGAACUCUCUCUUGCAGUUCAAUUAUCAUCAGCAUUAGGCACUCCAAGGAAGGAUAUUGUUGACCAGUACACAAAGAACUGCACAGCUAAAGAGUUGGCUGAGUUAUUGGCAAAAAUUAGAGGAGUUGGCUGCGAAACUUUGUCAGAAAAGGCAAUUGCAAAGAGCUUUUUCUCACAACACGAUGGAGUUGUCGCUGCAAAGGAUAUGGUAGAAAAUGGAGUAUCUCCUUCUAUCGUAUUUGACUUGAUAAACGAGUGUCCAAAUUCUGUCACAUUGUUCGCAAAUAACAUUGAAACUCUUUCUGUCAUCAUUCAAAAUUGGACACAAAUUUUGCCAAUUGACAGAUGUAAAGUGUCAGAUUUGAUUUCAAAGGUAAUUGUAGAGAUGGACGCCAGAGGAGAAGGCGAAAAGGCAGAAAUAGCAAGGAAAUGGCUACCUCUUUGCACCCUAGAAGAAAGUUUUACUGAUAUCUGGGAUAAAAUCUAA